AGGGGAGGAGACACUCCCAGCUGUCCUAGGAGAGCCGAGGCGAGAGGAUCCCACAGCACGGUCAUUUCCCACGACCUUUACCCGGUGGGUAAGAGCUUAUCCAGACUGAGGGAGUCGACAUAUUUCGUGCGCCCCAAGGUUGCUCGAGAAGCUCAGUUCGCGUCUGCAGGGCAAAAAAGGAGGACGCCCGAUUAGAGGACUGACUGUCCCCUGCCUGGCAGACGAUCCACGCCAGUCUCCUCCUUGGACUACACAGCCCCUCAAGGCCCUGUCGCUGGGCACAGAUUCUCCACCUCGGACGACUUUCUAGCCCGGGGCGGUCUCUGGGGCAGGAGCACCAGGGUCCUUGGAGGCGUCUUUAAGGCUUUGGUCCCCGCCCUCAUCGCCCGCCCUCUUCCCGCCUUCCUCCGCAAGGAUCCAGCGUCUAGGCGCGCGGAGCAGGUGCGGGGCCCCCGUAUGCGGCUGUUGGGGCUGCUGUGGUAGCGGCGCGGGGCGCUCGCCCACCCCUUCUCCGGGCCACUCUCAGGCUCUGGCGCGCGGGGACAUGUCGGUGGUGACUGGCGGCGGUGAGGCGGCCGGUGGCGGCGGCGGCGGCGGCGGUGCGCGCGUCUUCUUCCAGAGUCCCCGCGGUGGCACCGGCGGCAGCCCAGGAUCCAGCAGCAGCUCCGGCUCCUCAAGGGAGGACUCGGCGCCGGUGACUACGGUGGCCGCCGCCGGGCAAGUGCAACAGCAGCAGCGACGCCACCAGCAGGGAAAAGUGACAGUGAAAUACGACCGUAAGGAGCUUCGUAAGCGGUUGGUGCUGGAAGAAUGGAUCGUGGAGCAGCUGGGUCAGCUGUACGGCUGCGAGGAAGAAGAAAUGCCAGACGUAGAAAUUGACAUUGAUGAUCUUCUUGAUGCCAACAGCGAGGAAGAAAGAGCUUCGAAAUUACAGGAAGCUCUCGUAGACUGCUAUAAACCAACAGAGGAAUUCAUCAGAGAGCUGCUCUCCCGGAUAAGAGGCAUGAGGAAGCUGAGCCCUCCGCAGAAGAAGAGCAUAUGAUUUCGCUACAGGGUAAAAUUCUCUCGGAGAUGAAGAAAGCGACCUGGGAUUUGGACCCCACAGAUACUUUUCUUAAAAAAAAAAAAAUAAUAACCAUAGUUGUCUUUUACAACAACAUUUUUUUGGUGUGUAUGUGUGUGUGUUGGGGGGGGUAGACAUUUAUUCAAAAGUGUUUCUUCUUUUGUUGUUUUUAAAGGGUUUUCAUUACUGUAAUAUUUUAAUGGCAAAGCUACUACAACUUGGACUGUAGUCCAACCAAGAACUAUCAAAGCAGGUACAUCCACAAGGAUGGACAAGGCCAGGUGUGUUUUCUGUCAGGACUCAGCUGUAAUUUAGGAUCUCACAAUACAGGGAAGAUGGUUUUCUUAUGGUCAGUUUGGUAAGACGUUUUAAGUUGUACAUUUGACUUCGAUGUCAAAGCUAUCUCAUGCUUGUAUAUAUCUACAGACACUAAGUUAAAACUAGAGAUGUGAGCUUUGUAUCAGGUUCAUGGAAUAAGCCUGUGCUUUCCUAUUA